AUGGCGAGCACCAACGACGACUCCCUGUACCCCAUCGCGGUGCUCAUCGACGAGCUGAAGAACGAUGACAUUGCAACGAGGCUGAAUUCGAUUCGGAGGCUGGGGACGAUCGCGCUCGCGCUGGGCGAGGACAGGACGUGCCGGGAGCUGAUCCCCUUCUUGAAGGACUCGACGGAGGACGAGGAUGAGGUCCUCCUCGCCAUGGCGCACGAGCUCGGCGACUUCGUGAAGUACGUCGGCGGCCCGCGCAACGCCCAGGUCCUGCUGCCGCCCCUCGAGCAGCUCUGCAUGGUCGAGGAGACCGUCGUGCGCGACAAGGCGGUCGAGUCGCUCAACAAGGUCGCCACCGAGCUCCCCGAGAACGCGGUCGGGCAGGCGCUCGUCCCGCUCGUGAAGCGCCUGGCCUGCGGGGACUGGUUCAGCGCACGCGUGUCGUCGUGCGGCCUCUUCAGCGCGACGUACGCGCGCGCGCCGAUGCACCUGCGCGCCGAGCUCCGGCAGCAGUACGCGACGCUGUGCCACGACGAGACCCCGAUGGUCCGCCGCGCCGCCGCCCAGCACCUGGGGAAGUUUGCGCAGUCAAUGGAGAUGGAUCACGUGGCGCGGGACAUCAUCCCGCUCUUCAACGACCUCAACAGCGACGACCAGGACAGCGUGCGGCUGCUGGCCGUCGAGGCGUGCGGGCCGCUGGCGAAGCUCGUGCCGCGGUCGGACCUGAUGGCGACGGUGCUGCCCACCAUGGUGCGGUUCGCGUCCGACAAGAGCUGGCGCGUGCGAUACAACGUCGCGCAGCAGAUGUGCGAGAUGUGCGAGGCGCUCGGCGCGGAGGUGGCGAGCAAGGAGCUGCUGCCGACGUUCACGGCGCUGUGUGGGGACUCGGAGGCGGAGGUGCGGUGCGCGGCGGCGGGCAAGGUGUCGGCGGUGUCGAAGCUGGUCGGGGCGCCGGCGGUCGUGCAGAAGGUCCUGCCCUGCGUCAAGGAGCUCGCGUCAGACACGUCGCAGUACACGCGAGCCGCGCUCGCCGGCGUCGUGAUGGAGCUCGCGCCCAUCGUCGGGAAGGACGCGACGAUGCAGCACCUGCUGCCGCUCUUCCUCGGGCUCCUCAAGGACGAGAUCCCGGACGUCCGCCUGAACAUCAUCUCGCGCCUCGAGGCCGUGAACAAGGUCGUCGGCGUCGACGUCCUCAGCCAGGCGCUCCUGCCGGCCAUCCAGGAGCUCGCCGAGGACAAGCACUGGCGCGUGCGGCUCGCGAUCAUCGAGCACAUCCCGCUCCUCGCGCGCGAGCUCGGGCAGCAGUACUUCGAGUCCAACCUGUCGGGCCAGUGCAUCCAGUGGCUCGAAGACCAGGUCUUCUCGAUCCGCGAGGCCGCGACGCAGGCGGUGCGGCGGCUCGCGGGGCACUUCGGGGAGGAGUACACGCGCGAGCACCUCGUGCCGCAGGUCGUCGGUCGCAUCCGGCACCCGCACUACCUGUACCGUCUGACCAUCAUCAGCUGCCUGGCGCUGCUGGCCGAGGAGGUGUCGCAGGCGACGCUGUGCACGCACAUCUUGCCGGCGAUCAUCGGGUGCGGCAAGGACAAGGUCCCGAACGUCAAGUUCAACGUCGCGAAGGUCCUGCAGAGCAUCGCGGGGCGCGUGGACCGUCCCGUCAUCGAGCAGACCAUCAAGCCCUGCCUGCAGACGCUGCUCGGGGACUCGGACGACGACGUCAAGUACUUCGCGUUCCACGCCAUGGAGAAGUGCCGCGGGUGA